GAAUACAAUUUAUCCUUUGAAGAUAUGUUGUCCCGCGAGUAGCUGAAGAAUUACUGUAAUUCAACAAUGGCGAUUCUUCUUCCUUUGUUCUCCAUAUCCCCAAUUGUAAAAGCUUCUUCAGUUGACACAACCCAAAGACUUCCGUACACUCCUCACCGUACAACUCCUAAAAAAACCCAAACCCCUGAUUCUCUAUCCGCCAUUUCAACUAUCUCCUUGUCCCCUUCUACCAGCCGGUCGAAUAUUUCAGUGUCGGACCUUCUCAAACGUGAAAUUCCUAAGUCUACGGAAGUGAAACGCGAUGGAACAUAUAUGGGGUACGACGUAUGGCUACCUAGAGCACACAAAGUUGAGAAGCCUCGGUCUGUGUUUAAUGCAGCCUCGCUAGCUUACAUUGGAGAUUGCAUCUUUGAGCUAUAUGCAAGAAGACAUUUUUUGUUCCCACCAUUGAGCAUCGAAGAGUACAAUGAUCGAGUCAUGGCAGUAGUACGUUGCGAGGCACAAGAUGCUAUGUUGCAGAAACUUUUGAACGACAAUAUAUUGUCCGAAGAGGAAAGGGGUGUGCUUCGUUGGGGAAAAAAUGUUGGUUCAGGCAAAACAAAGACGAAAAAGCGUGCUGGUGUGGCUGUUUACAACAGAGCGUCUUCACUUGAAACACUUGUUGGUUAUCUCUACCUUACAAAUGUGCAAAGGCUUGAAGAAAUCAUGCUGAAGUUGGGCUUCCACAUAGGUGACUCUUCCCUGCCAAUUGUGGAGAGAAUAGAUGGUACAACAAGGUGAUGCCGGAGGAAGAGAUGAAGUUCAUGAAGCUAUAUGUAGAUAAAGAAGACGAACAUUUCCUAUAGCAUGCUGAAACAAAUGAGUUUCUCAAAAAAAAACAAAGUUUGUGGAGACUUGAGGAAGGUUGCCAUCACCUCUUCAUGUGCUCUAUCAUUUAAAUAUCACAAGAUCUUGGAUGUGAGUGGACUUCUAGUAUUUCAAAGCUUAGAAAGAAAAUAAGAAGUCGUAUUAGUUGUUCUUAAAUGGAGAAACAUUUAGAAAAGAAGUCGUAUUAGUUCUUAAAUGGAGAAACAUUUAGACUUACAAUACAGAUAUGAUCUCCACUUGAGUACUUGUCAAAAGUUAUACGCAUCAUCAGCUAAAUGGAUUUAGGUAUGUGUUUAGAUUACUCAUUCACGGUUGUCAGUUAUGAGGGUAAAUGUGUACAUGGACACGUUUAUAAGCAACUAUGUUUAUAUCAGGUCCAUUUGUCAUGUAAUAUGCGUUAAGCUUGAAUUGUGGAAAGAAUAAUUUGAGGCUUUCUAUUUUUCACCAUCUGCA